UAUCGCUGCAUUUCGCAGCCGCUGCAUAUGUUCCUCACGGCUGCGUGAGCAUGUCUGCGCACCUCUUCGCCGCCGUCCGCCCUUCUGACCGCCGCUCAUCAUGAGCAACGACGCGCCCGUGCCCAUCUCGGACGAGCAGGUGGUCGCCCUCGCAAAGGCCGCCUUCAAUCAUUCCCGACAGGACAUCAGUCAGCGUGGCCCAGAUGCUCCCCGAGAACUGCAGCAGCAGCACGCCGGCAUUACCAUCGACCUCGGCCACAAGAACAUAGCGCGCCUGCCCGGUGAGGUUAUCGAUGUCAUCCGGGUGGAAAUCGAGAGGCUCGCCCUCUCGCACAACCUCCUGUCGACGCUCCCAUCACGCCUCCUGGAAUGCAAGCGUCUCCGCUACCUCAACGUGCGCUACAAUGCGAUGCGCGAGAUCCCCAGUGUCAUACUUGAGAUGACAUCAUUGGAGAUUCUGGACGUGAGCAGGAACAAGAUCAGGUCAAUCCCGGAGAGAAUCGCAAACCUGACCUCGCUCAAAGUUUUGGCUCUUGCGAAGAACAAGAUUGAGGAGCUGCCUGUGUGUUUGGGGGACUUGAACAGCCUGCAGGUCAUGAAGCUCGAUGGCAAUCCAUUGACGUUCCCGCCUCCAGAAGUCUGUACGAUCAAAGACAACGCUCCUUCACCAUCCAACGAAAACGAACGAGAUGCCGUCAUUGCUACGCAAGUGAAGAAGUUCAUGCGUCAGCAAGCCUCCAAGCAGCGACAGCGAGCUGAGUUGGAACGUAUACGAAUCGAGUCAUCGAGCGACGAGAGUUGGACAGAGAGUAACCCGGAGACACCCCGCCCCUCGAAACGAGCUGCUGGUGGACGAUUUCCUGUACGGCCCAGUGUCAGCACGCUGGAUGGUUUUGCAGAGGGCAGAGCGGACUCGCCAUCGUUAGCAGCUCCGCCUAUACCGACUCGAUCACACUUUCGUGUGUCGUCACAAACCAGCAACAACGGCACGAAACCACGACCCCCAAUCUCGCCGUUGGUCUUGACGACCGGCCUGAACGAGCGCAAUCGAAGCCAGAGCGAAGGCGCGGGUCCCUCAACACAGCGCCAGAAGCGUAUGGGCAUAUACACCAACAAGCACCAGGCAUCUGAGCAGCUUGGCUCGGUCGAUGAGCUGCGAAGAACUAGCCACUUCCGUGGAUUUAGCCAGGGCAUCGUUGUUCCCUUGGGUGCUGUCAAUGGUGUCUCUGGACCUGCCACUGCUAUAGGGUAUGGGGAUACAGGAACUGUUCGAUCGCUGGCGAAUCGUCCGUUGUCUGAUGUGCGAGAGCAUAGACGUGGGUCUCGUGCCCCUGACAUCGUUGUCGAAGCUGCCAGGAAUUUCCUUUACGCGAUAUCUCAGCUGCACGACUGCGUUUCUCACAUGGUUCGUUCGAUCAAACUAAUGACAAGACCGAAAGAAGCACUUCGCCGGAAAGAAGACUUCUAUCGUCGCUUUUCGAGCACGUAUCUCAACAUACAGGCGAUGAACGAUGUGCUCAACAAGUUUAGCAGACUUGUCGAAGAAGACGAGGAAGACGCACAAAGGCUCUCCCGAAGCGUAUACAUGUAUGCCCUGCGAUGCCUGGAGUCUUUCAUGUCGAUUACUCUGUCGAUUGCAGAAAACCGUGCGGAGAUCACGCAGAAUGCGAAUCCACAGGUUUUACGAACGUUUCUGUUCCUCCAACAAGGCAGUCUGAUCGAGAUGAGGAAUGCCUGCUCUGUGUUGGGCGCUCAAUUCAAGGACACCUCUGCAACCUCCCGCAGGCCUGGUGCAGUAGAUGCACCCGGAACAAUACGCGCACGACCAAGAGUUCGACGAUUCCCAACUUCACCACCGCAGCGAGGUCAAUACCAGAUCCCUCCGCCUGUGAUACUGCACAGCAACGAUAACAGCCGAACGAAUACAAUGACAAGUCUCAGCGCUGCGACGCCCAGAUCAGGAGAGUCUUUCUCUACGUUGGCUACGAACAUGACCCGAACAAAUACAAUGACGAGCAACUUUGACGAGUCUGACGAGGAUGCUCAGUUCGACCGGGUCUACCAGAAGUUGAGGAACGCCAGCGAAAGCUGUAGAACAUCUAUACCCCAGAUCACACGUCUGUUACGAGAACAAUUCGACGUCUUGCGACGAGAUCUGGACUCCGACCAUCCCAGAGUUAAAGCGCUUGCUGGCCUCAUCGAUAAGAGCAAUGAGGUACAGCAGAUGACGAUCCCUCUUGCGAGUCGCUUAUCACAGAUGCAACUGAAGGAUAGCUACACCCGCAGCCAGGCCGAGUUCUGGCAGCAAUGCAUGGGUUUCAUCAAGGCUUGGGGCGAACUAGCCACCGCAUAUACGCAGCAGGGCAAGGAUCACAAGCUCUUGAGCCCUGAUGUGAAGCAGCUUAUGAAGCCACUUCACAAGACGGUCAAGGAAGCUAGUUCUGCCAUCUACAGCUCGCCGUGGUCACACCUGACGUCCAACACCUCUGGCUCAAUGGGUCCGCCUUCACUAUCGUCAAUCACAUCACGUACGCAGCCCCCAAGGUUCCUGAAUCGACCAGGUAUGGGCGCUAGUGGCAAUUCAUCUUAUCUUGGUGCCAUCAACACGCAGGUGCCUACGACGAACUCGACCUUCUCGGCUCAGCCCUACCCUACCGCAAGUCUACUGUCACAGGGGUCGAGUGGUUAUGGUACUCCGGGAGUGCCAGCGACGCCACUGAGUGCUGCUCUUGGGGCUGCGGCACAAGCUACUGUGCCAAAUACACCCAAAUUCGCUCCUGGUCAUGGUUCCAAUACUCUCAAUGUCUUCGAGCGAGCGGACAGGUUACUCAACCAAACGUCACGGCGCAUCUGAACAGUUUUACUCUGCGUAGGUGCACAUUUUCAUGUGCUCAGUUCAUCCCAUUGUCCUUGCUUCGGCAUCUCCGAUCCUUUCAGCACUUGCACGAAGUCCCUCCUGUCAUGAUCUUAGUUUUUGUCACAGUUUGCACAUAUUAGCGACGGCGCUGUCCGGGUUCCACUCGUUUGCAUGGCAUAUUAGAUUGCAUAUUGUUCCAGGUGUUUGAGGGUUAAUGAAGGGCUUGGCAUGGAUGGAGUCACGGCAAGACCACAUGAAAGUAUGUAUAUGUUUGGGAUGAUCUUUGUAUGCAUUUUCCAUACUCUUUUGCUAUUUACCGAAGACGCAUAUCACGAGUGCGUCUGUCCUGAACGAAGCUA